CUCCACUCUGAAGCCCGGGCCAUUCCCAAGUCCCGUCGAGUCCCUGGCCGCGCGGGAGGUUCAUUCGGCUCUGCUGGGUAGAAUAAGCAAGCUGUCGCCAACGGAGCUCCAGAUUGCUCCUACCGCCGGUGACAUGGCCUCACAAGCCAUACCUGAACCGCCUCUCGUCGUCUCAGAAGCCGAGGCCGGUGUUUUAGCCCUGUAUGACCAGCUACAACAGCUUCAACUCGAACUUGCUCUUCUGCGAUCACAGCAAGGCCACCACGCAUCAGAAGACAGGAGCCCACAAGUUUCUGGGCACGACUGGGCAGGUAAACAAACACGAUUAUUAGAGGCAAAGGCAACCCUCGCGUUGCGCAACAGUGCUGUAGAAAGCGUGGCAGCAGUCCAGCCGACUUUAAACGCCGCCCACCAAGCGACCCAAGCUUCGGUUGUUGAAGGGGACCUGUUGCCAACGAUACAGCGACGAGAUGUAAGCGCGGUCAAAACAGCGGCAGCAUGCGCAGAUUUUGAGGCAGCGCGCGGCAGCCUGGCGGACCUUGAAAUCGAGAGUCUUCAUGCUACUCAGCGAAACACGGAGCUUGCCACAGAAGCUCUGCAACUCGCUGAGAGAACUCAUGGCCAAAACCCGGAGAGUGUCAAGAGCGGGCAGUUCAAGGGCGGCAUAAGUAUCUUAGAAAACAAGGUGGAUUCAAGCCGUCGCAGAUGGAGGGUAAUGAAGGGGGCAGCAAGCGCCAUUGUCGCCGGAAGCGGCAUCGACUGGGUUCGAGACGAGCGCUUAAGAGACCUGGUGCUCGAUCCACCGGAUUAACACAAUGCCUCACUCGUGUCUAAAAGUCAGUAAGCAGACAAAAUCCUUAGACUGUCAAUACAUCUGAGGAAAGUUGCAAAUGAGUCUGGAAAGCUUCCAGCUUUGCAUUUGGACACUGGCAUGACUGAACAGCUUGUGCCGAUC